AAUUUUGUUAAAACUUUUAAAAUUAUGACAUCAUUUAAAACAAUGAAGAUUUAUUUUUUAAUAAUAUUUUGCAUAAUUUAUAAUGAUAUUAAUUGUGCUGUUGUUCAACUGGAGAAAAGACAUUCUAUUGGAGAUGAUUCAGUAUUGUCACCAGGUGACAUUGGCAAUGAUCAUAAUAUUCUACUUGAUUCAAGGUCGGCAUUAUCACAACAAAUACCUACAAACCAGUAUGGAUCCUUAUACGGCAAUUCAUAUCUAGGCGGAACAGAUUUAAAUACACAUUAUCAACCUGUUUUUAUCCCACCUUCGCAGCAAUAUUCAUCAGUAGUUCAACCACCAUCAUCUGGUUAUGGUUAUUACCAGCAGAUACAAUAUCCUCGAUUGGAACCAUUUCCAGUAGGAGGACAAUUAACACAAUUCCAACGUCCAAAAAUAACUAUCCCUUAUCACGUGGAUGGAUUUGGUAUUCCACCUCCAGGAUACAUUCAAUAUCCCUACGCAUUAUAUGAACCACGUCCCCAACAGAUAUAUAUUUAAAAAAUAAGAAUAAAGUAUAU